AUGGAUGAACUACUGGAGGAUGUAAGAACAAUCACAUCUUAUCGACGAGGGGAUGAACUAAGUGUGCCAAAAUUCAUUCAUUGGCGAGAUAAUAUAUUAUGUUGUUUCGACGAAGGACGAUUUUUGCAAAUGUUACGUGUCAACAAGAGUCAAUUUGCUUGUCUUGUUGAAAUAUUUGCAAAUGAUAUAAUAUUCAAAGGUCCAGGAUCCAAUAUGCAGCUGCCCGUGGAUUUACAACUCGCGAUAGUACUAUUCCGUUUAGGCUCUUCAGGAGAAAGUGCAUCAGUGCGAAAAAUCGCAACAAUUUUUGGAGUGGGAGAUGGUGACACUCUGACUAAAAUUACCCAGAGAGUAUUUUCAGCAAUUUUGAAGAAAUUACCGGUAUACAUUGAAUGGCCUAGUGCGACUGAGCGUAGGCAACUUAUUGCUCAUACGUUCAGUGAGUUACCAUUCUGUAUUGGUUAUAUUGAUGGAAGUGAGAUAAAGCUGGCCGAAAAACCUAGUAAUAACCAUGAGGCAUACUUUUCUCGUCAACGAAUAUAUUCUAUUAAAUUGCAAGUUGUAUGUUAUCAUAAGCUCCGCAUCAUGCACGCAUUAGUGUGUAAUCUGGGAAGCUACCGUGAUUCUAAAAUAUUUAAGAAAUCGCAUAUUGCAACAAACAGCGCGUGCUUAUUUACUGGAGAAGAAUGGAUUGCAGGCGACUCUGCGUACCAGUUGACUAAACAUUUGAUAACGCCAUAUCGCACCAAUUCUUCAUUAAUGAAUAUUGAACAAUAA